UCGUCGGCACACACCGAAUGCCAUAAGCACUCUUCUUCACUCAAGCAAAAGGAUCGCAGCGAAUCUCUUUCCGAAGAACAAACAAACGUAAAGACGCACGCACGCACGCCACGUGUGAGCUCCACAACUAACUUAUCGUUGCGUGUGUGUUUUUUUUGUUUGAUUUGUUAGUACCGAACAACAACAGAUACGGACCUUGCAGAGGUUUUUUUCUCUUUCAUUGAGGUAGGUGGAGAGAAGGGGAGUUGACGGGGGGGGGAGAGGUUGGAGGGACGUAACAAGAUCGUAUUUCUGUCGUUUCAUCAACAACAACAACAAUACUACUGCUACUACACAAGACCAAAAACUCUAAUAAUAACCAAGAAGUCAGGGCUGUGUUUGACGAGUAAGCUCACAAGUUAUAGACAACGCUGAACGCGCUACAAACUCCGUUGGGGAUCGCUAGUGUGUGAGGUUUCCCAGGUAAGGCAGCGAGCGAAGCGUUAACAAACAAACCAAAAUCAACGAUGUGGGGUUCAGAAUCUGACGAAUUCGAGUCGUCUUGGAAGGCGCAGUUCCCCGACUGUGACCCCCCUCGGUUGGAACUCAAGCCCGGUGACCCCGACAGCCUGGCGCGCAAGCUCGACGCCACGUGCGCCACUGUCCGACGUUUGGAAACGGAGCUCAAGCAGGAGCGCUUCGUGGCCAUCUACCUGCAGACGCGUCUGGCGCGCGAGAACAAGCGGUACGAUUGCAGCCGAUGGAUGGGCUCCACGGCGUCUCUCGAUGACCUCGUGGGUGACGACGGUGGUGGUGGUGGUGACGGGCGAAUCGGGCACGCAGCCUUCGAGGUACGAGCGAGAAAUCGGGACGAGGCUACGAUUAUUGAGGAAGAGCAGCAGCCACCACCAUCAUCACCAUCACCAUCGUCGUCGUCGCUUGGGCUACCCGACGAAAGGAACGUGGUGUUGGUGGUGAAUAAGGCGAAGCAGCAAAGGCAAACGAUUCUGUCCCGGCGCAAGAUGAUGAAGAACGUCAAGUGGCAACGUCGCUCUUCUGACGAGGAAGACGAGAAGAAUGACAGGAAGGAGGAGGAUGACGAGGAUGAUGAUGAUGACAACGACGAGGUCGUUUCGGAUGGCGUGGCCGAGGAGACGGCGGCACCCUCGAGGGAAAGUCUCCUGGUCGAUCCUCUGUCUCUCCGCUCUCACCACGGCAGCUCGGACUCCCUGGGUGCCAGCAGUGACAGCGAAGAAGACGUGGAGUCCGCCAAAGCAUCUCCCGAGAAGGAGACGGCUACGAGGAGGAAGAAGGAGAAGCAGCAGGCGAAGGUCGAAAAGGAGAAGCUGGUCACCUGGACGGACACGAAGACCUCCGUGAAGGUGGCGGGGGGGCAUAAGUGCUACGCGGUUACCAAAGUGUUUGGCGACGCAGCUGCUGCUACUGCUGCUUCAGCGUCAACUCCGACCCAAUCGCCUGCGUCUGUGGAGAUGGAUGGAGCAGCCUCAUCGAGGCCAAGGUUGUCCGUUCCCAACUACAAAGUUGGCCAGGUGGAAAUUAAGGUGACACGCGCGGAGGAAGACCCACACAACCACCUGGAUGCCCCAUACGGCCGAACGCAUUCGGCUUGCGGCCACCAAGUGGAGGGCACGGAGGGCGAGGAGCGGGGCCAGGACCUCCCGUACAUCGACGACUCUCCCCCGUCCUCGUCCCCCAAGAUUGGCCAUCGUGGCCUGCAGCCCGAGGACGGAGACUGCCCCGCCGAUUCCACACUCGACGCAAACCUCACGGCGGAGGCCGAUGAGGAAAAGGUUUUGACCAUGAGGAAGCUCGUUCUGUCUGGCAUUCUGGCCAGCGAAGAGACCUACCUCAACCAGUUGGAGGGCCUCAUGCUGCCGCUGAAACCGCUGAGGGCGGCUGCCACGACGUCGCAACCGCUGCUCACCAACGUUCAGAUCGACGCCAUCUUCUUAUGCCUGCCCGAGAUCCUCGCUGUGCACCGCGAGUUCUACGAGGGCCUGCGGCCUCGCGUGCAGAAGGACGACGCCUCGCAGGGCGUGGGCGACCUCUUCCUCAAGCUGGCCAACCACCUUGACUACUACAAGAAGUUCGUGGACAACUACAAGACCGCGGUGGAGAUGGCCGAUAAGUGCAGCAGCGCGGACGCUCAGUUCGCCAAGAUUUCAGAGAGGUUAAAGGUGAAGAGCUCUUCUGGAUCCAAAGAACAAGCAGGCGCAUCGUCUCUGGAAGCGCUCCUGUACAAGCCCGUGGACAAAGUCAUGCGCAGCACGCUCGUCCUGCACGACCUGCUGAAGCACACGCCGCGGUCGCACAACGACUACCCGGCCCUGGAGGAGGCGCUGCGCAUCUCCCAGAACUUCCUCUCCCACCUCAACGCCGAGGUGACGUCGCAUCGAGCGAAUCUGCGCAGGGGAGAGGGCUACUCCAUGCUGCGCGACGGCUUCCUGGUGGAGCUCGUGGAGUGCUCCCGCAAGCUGCGUCACGUGUUCCUCUUCGACAAACUGCUCCUCUGCACCAAGCUCAAGAAGCAGAUCUCGGGGAAGCAGCAGAACUACGAGUGCAAGUGGUACCUGCCGCUAGUGGACCUGAGCUUCGUGCCGGUGGACGAGACGGAGAGCAGCCCCCCCAUCCACGUGGCCACGGAGGAGGAGCUGGAGGCGAUGAAGGGCAAGAUCUCGCAGAUCAAGAGUGAGAUCACGCGAGAGAAGAAAGCGAACAAGAACAGCCGCUCGUUGGAGCGGUUGAAGAAGAAGCUGUCGGAGCAGGAGUCGCUGCUGCUGCUGACGUCACCCAGCAUGCCGCUGAGGCUCCACACGAAGCACGGCAAGCCUUACACCUUCCUCCUAUCGUCGGACUACGAGCGAGCCGAGUGGAGGGAGGCCAUUCAGGAACAACAGAAGAAAUGCACCGACAGCUUUUCUCUGAGCUCGGUGGAGCUGCAGCUCCUCACCUCAUCCUGCAUGAAGCUCCAGAUGGUUCACAACAUCCCGCUCACAAGCAACAAGGACGACGACGAGUCUCCGGGCCUCUACGGCUUCCUCCAUGUCAUCGUCCACUCCGCUUCGGGAUUCUCCGAGGCCGCGAAUCUCUACUGCUCACUGGAACUGGACUCCUACGGCUAUUUCGUGAACAAAGCUCGAACGCGAGCCUCCAGGGACACCACCGAGCCCGAAUGGAAUGAGGAGUUUGAGAUCGAGCUGGAGGGUUCGCAGAGCCUGCGCAUCCUGUGCUACGAGAAGCGCCACGAGAAGGGCAAGCUGAGCAAGGGCGACACCCAGACCAGCGACCUCAUCCUGGGCAAGGGACAGGUGCAGCUGGAUCCCAAGGGCGUCCCAGAAAAGGACUGGCAGGAGACGGUCAUAUCCAUGAACGAGAUCGAGGUGAAGCUGUCAAUGAAGUUCACGAGCCGGGAGUACAGUCUGAAAAGGAUGCCCUCUCGCAAACAGACCGGCGUCUUCGGGGUUAAAAUCAGCAUCGUCACCAAGCGGGAGCGCUCCAAGGUGCCGUACGUGGUGAGGCAGUGCGUGGAAGAGAUCGAGAGGAGAGCCAUCGACGAGGUCGGCAUUUACCGCAUCUCCGGCGUCGCCACCGACAUCCAGACGCUCAAGGCGGCGUUCGACAACAACCACAAGGAUGUGCUGGUGAUGCUGAGCGAAAUGGACGUGAACGCCAUCGCGGGCGUGCUCAAGCUGUACUUCCGGGAGCUGCCCGAGCCACUGCUCACCGACGAGAAGUACCGCAGCUUUGUGGAGGCCAUUGCGCUCUCCGACCCCGUGGCCAAGGAGAACUGCAUGCUCAACGUGAUGCAGUCCCUGCCUGAGCCAAACUACACCACCUUCAUGUUCCUGCUGGGCCACCUGCGCAGGGUCGCGGAGCACGACUCGGCGAACAAGAUGACGCUGCACAACCUGGCCACGGUGUUCGGCCCAACCCUGCUGCGGCCCUCCGAGAAGGACUCCAAGAGCUCCCCGGCUGCCAUCGUGAGCGUGGACAGCUGGUCGUUGGAGGUCAUGGCUCAGGUGCAGGUCCUCCUCUACUUCCUGCAGAUGGAGUCCAUUCAGCCGUCCGAGAGCAAGCGACAGAGUCGCCUGCUGAUCUAGAGCGGGUCGGCCCGCGCCCCCUCCCACUCUUCUCCUCCACGCACUCCUCCAUUGCCCCGAUCGUCAUCGGCGCGGCGCAUCCGCUGCGCUCGGCAACAGCUCCCCUCCCCAGCAGCGCUGGUGCCCGUCGUCCUUUUUGCCAAAGCCAGCGUUCGCAUUCCUCCACCUGCAGGGUUGGCCCGACCGUAGCAUAGAGCGAUCGAUCAUUGCCGCGGGUCUCUCGGACACCUCCGUGCAAGUGGACGUUUUGUUUUGCGUUUUUUUUUUUUAUAUAAAACAAGCCAGCUGCAAGUUUGGCUGAGGUGGGAAUCGUGCAGCUUAGCCCAUUUGGCCUGUCUCUCCAUCUGUCCCUCUGCUGGAACAAGGGUCUCUAUAUAAGUCUCGGUGGAUCUGCAGGCGUUGCUAUUAAGUAUUUUUAUUUGAAUUUGUGCAAAACCAAAAUGCGUCGGUGGAUUAAUGGUGAGGAGGCACUUGCCCACGCCCAGCGCUUCCAACCCUGUGUGCGUGCGUGUGUGCGUGCGUGCGUGCGUGCGUGCGUGCGUGUGUGCGUGUGUGCGUGCGUGCGUGCGUGCGUG